AUGUCAGAAAGGAAAGGUCUCAAUGUUCCACAGCUGUCAAGGGAAACAGCAUUGGAUAAGAUCUUUCGAGAACUUUCUGAGUUUAUAACGAUUGAUGACAAAGAGCCUAAAGAUGCUAUAGCUCAACUUUAUGCCAAAUUGGAUGGCGAUUCCAAUAAUAGAGUGGAUCAAAUUAAUGCUGUAUUAGCAAAAUCAUUCGAGUUUGUUUCCAAGAUUCAAGAUUACUCUUUACGCAAAGAAGCUCAAAACAAAGCCAGCGGCGAUCCAGAAAAAGUCAACCUGAUUACAAUCUCACUACAUGAUAUGAAAUAUUUCAAUGAGUUGAUGAAUUUGAUCAUUGUGCAAGGUAUCUAUCCAUGUCUACCAACUGGUGUUGGUAUCCCAUUGGAACAAAGAAGAUUGAAAAGCUUCAACAUUAGAAGUAAACUGUUCAGAUUUGAAAAGGUACACAAUGGUCUAGAGACAUUACAAAAGAUUGUCAAGUAUUUUGAAGUCGUGUUUGAUAAAGGUGGUGAUGUGAAGGACUUACUGCUAAAGGGAAGUGGCCUAACUGAUAUUUUAACUGCUUUGACAGUUCUAGUAAGUGUUGAUCCUUCAUUCAAAUCAGCAUUCCAAAAGUUUGAAAACAAGAGUGACACUUACAAUUUAUUCAACAUUUAUACCAUUCUUUUGCAAACCACUAGAAUACCCAGAUAUCAAGCGUUUUUAAGUGAAAGACUCACAAGUAUAACUGUACACAGAGAGAAUGGUGUCAUGAGUUUAAUCGAUUUUGUUGUCGGUAUAAGAGAUGAUGAAGAUGUUAAUAUUGAUAAAUUCAACAAUGUCAACAGAAUAUUGAUAGCAAAACCAAAAGACAUGACAAGCGUUGAAUAUUUUACAAAGCUUUUCAAUCAAAUUUACGAGAUACUUGUUUUCAUUAAUAGACCUGUGAUGUCAUCAGUUGUUGUGAAUUUCAUUAGAGUCCUGUACAGUAAGAAUAAGCGUAUUAUUCAUGAUUUUUUGUUCAAAAAGAUUUGGAACAUCUUGAGUCCCGAUACCUCUAACUUCAAGCAAGGUGAAACUGUUGUUGAAGCUAAAGAAUUGAAUGAUGCUAUAAAUGUUUUGAUCUCAUUGACAAAGGAAACUUCACCGGAAUUUUUGAAUGAAUUCUUCUCCAAGAUAAUAUUGAACUUAUGGGCAUAUAUGUUUUAUCUCAAAAAGAAAAAGCUGGAGUAUUACAGUAUAAUCAGCAACAUAAUGGUUUCAUUCUUUACAAUUACCUCAAAUAAUGAUUUUUUGGAAAAUACUCUGCUGAAUCUCAUAAAAUCAGGUGGUGAUGAUUGGAAAUUUGAAACAAAUUUGGAGAAUAAAUUAUCAAGUAUUGUUAAAUCGAGCAUUUUAGAUAAAAAUCUUUCAAGUGAAGAAAUCUUUGACGAUCUGGAUAUUGGACUUGAAAUAAUUGUGGAGCUAUUCAAAAAUUUAAAUAAUGAUAUAGUGAGGACUCAGUUUUUGACUGUUUUGAAUAGAUGGAUUUCAAAGCAAAAUAAUGACAAUUUGUUAGACCAAGAAAAUCCAUUUAUAAUAUUAAUAGAUUUGAAGUUCUUGGAAAAGAUAAAUGAUCAGUUCAGAGAUGCACUAUUGAAUAAACCUGAAGAUGUUUUAUUGGUUGUUAGAAAUUUGUUGACAACAAGAUCUACUCAAAACUCCCUGAAGAAAGAGGAAACCAAUGAAGAAGUUGAUUCUGAUGACGAAGAUGAAGAUGAUGAAGACAUAGCAAACCCUGGAAAUUUGAACAUACUUUUAGAAUUGCUAUCUGCUAUUAUUUCAGAAACUAAUCCAAUUGAAUUAACGAGACACAAACAUACUUUAAAAGAGAUUUCUCAAAUCCUGAUCAAAUUUUCAUCAGAUAAGCAUUGUCAAGCGUUACACAAGAGAAUCGAAGAUUUUUUAAGUGAUGAAAAACAUACUGUUAACAAUGGUGAUGAUGAAAAAACCAAAGAUAAAGAGCUUUUAGAAAAAGCCAUCACAAGUAUGAAUGAUCCAUUGAUUCCAAUCAGAGCACAUGGUCUAUAUCUAUUAAGGCAACUUAUCGUGAAAAGAUCACCGGUCAUCUCAUUAGAUUUCGUCAUUGAGCUUCAUAUUGUUCAACUUCAUGAUUCUGAACCAUUCAUCUACAUGAACGUUAUCAAAAGUUUGAGUGAAUUGAUUGAAUUUGAUAAAGAUGCCACAGUGGAUUUUCUAUGUGAUUUCUACACAAAAAAGGAAGAAAAACUUGAUGAUAAGUUGAAGAUUGGUGAAGUGAUAUUAAAUUUUAUAAGUAAAACUGGUGAACUAUUCACAGGUCCUUUGGCUGAUAAGUUGAUGGCUAAGACUCUUGGUGUCAUUCAAAAUUUUGAAGAAGAUAACAGAGUUAGAAUGUCUGCCAUGUCAUUGAUAGGUCAAGCAUUAAGAACUAAUGCAAUUGGAUUGGAAAAAUUCAUCAAAGAUGCCUUGGAUUGUUCAAUUGGUAUUUUGGAACUUGAAAAAGAGGUCAUCAUGAAACGAAGUGCUGUUGUUCUAAUUAGUGAUUUGAUUUCCUUUGGUGGAUUGGAUAUUGUUCCUAGAGGAUACGGUGAAAAAUUGAAAACUGUCUUAUCAUAUGUCAAAGUUAAUGCUGAUGACUAUCUUUUAGUGGAACAAAUUGACAAAGUUUUGGAAAUAAUUGAUGAAUUGAUCAGAGAUAGAUUAAAACCAUCAGUUAAUACUCAGUUUGAUGCAUUAAAGAUCAAAGAAAUUUCAAGAAGUUAA